AGGCCCAGACCGGAAGCUGCCGCGCGGGCUGCGCUCGCUCACGGGCUGCGGAGUUCUGUGUAUCCCGGAGUCCGGGGCCCGGCGCGUCUUCCUUCCUCGGUCGCCUGGCCUAUGGGUGUCCGUGGCGACGGCAGGGACCCGGCCGGGGGGCGGGCAGCCCGAGUGGGGUCGCGGAGCUCCGGGGGCCUCUGCGGGGGCGUCGCGGUGUUCGCUGCGGUGGCCGCCGUGUUCACCCUCACGCUGCCGCCCUCGGUGCCGGGGGGAGACUCGGGGGAACUGAUCACAGCCGCACAUGAGCUUGGAGUUGCCCAUCCUCCUGGCUAUCCUUUGUUCACUUUGGUGGCUAAACUGGCAAUUACCCUAUUUCCUUUUGGUUCAAUUGCCUACCGAGUCAAUCUUCUGUGUGGCUUAUUUGGAGCAGUAGCUGCAUCAUUACUUUUUUUCACCGUUUUCAGGCUUUCUGGCUCCUGUGCUGGAGGAAUCCUUGCUGCGGGGGUGUUUUCAUUCUCCCGGCUCACAUGGCAGUGGUCCACUGCAGCAGAGGUUUUCAGCUUAAACAAUCUGUUUGUGGGGCUGCUUAUGGCUCUUACAGUACACUUUGAGGAGGCAGCAACUGCAAAAGAAAGAUCAAAGAUAGCUAAAAUUGGUGCAUUCUGCUGUGGCCUUAGCUUAUGUAAUCAGCACACAAUAGUACUCUAUAUUUUGUGCAUAAUGCCAUGGAUUCUUUUUCGACUUUUACAAGAGAAGGAACUCUCCCUGGGCUUUUUGCUGAAGUUGGGUCUGCACUUCUCUGCUGGUUUGCUGCCCUAUUUCUACCUUCCUGUCUCUUGCCACCUCAAUCAAGCCCGUUGGAGCUGGGGAGACCAGACAACGUUGCUAGGAUUUUUGACGCAUUUUCUCAGGGAAGAAUAUGGAACAUUCAGUCUGGCCAAAUCUGAAGUAGGAUCCAGUAUGUCUAAAAUUCUGCUUUCUCAGGUAAUGAAUAUGAGGACCCAACUCUCAUUCAACAUUCAAGCCCUUGCAAUUUGGGCAAAUAUAUGUUUAGCAAGAAAGGACAGAAAGAACCCAUCAUUAGUAUGGCUUUUCACUGGAAUGUUUUGCAUUUAUUCAUUGUUCUUUGCUUGGAGAGCAAAUUUAGAUAUUUCAAAACCACUUUUCAUGGGUGUGGUAGAACGAUUCUGGAUGCAGAGCAAUGCGGUGGUGGCUGUCCUCGCUGGCAUCGGUUUGGCCACCCUCGUUUCUGAGAGUAACCGAGUGUUGAACACCAAUGGGCUCCAGUGCCUGGAAUGGCUUUCAGCAACUCUUUUUGUAACUUACCAAAUAUAUUCGAAUUUCAGCAUUUGUGACCAAAGAACCAACUAUGUGAUCGAUAAAUUUGCAAAGAAUCUUCUAUCCUCUAUGCCUCAUGAUGCAAUUAUUUUACUCAGAGGAGAUUUGCCGGGGAAUUCUCUCCGCUACAUGCAUUAUUGCGAGGGCCUGAGGCCAGAUAUUUCAUUAGUGGAUCAGGAAAUGAUGACUUAUGAGUGGUAUUUACCCAAGAUGGCAAAGCAUUUUCCAGGUGUCAACUUUCCUGGAAACCGGUGGAAUCCUGUGGAAGGAAUAUUACCUAGUGGAAUGGUCACAUUUAAUCUUUAUCAUUUUCUUGAAGUAAAUAAACAAAAAGAAACAUUUGUUUGCAUAGGAAUUCAUGAAGGUGACCCAACCUGGAAAAAGAACUAUUCACUUUGGCCCUGGGGUUCUUGUGACAAAUUAGUUCCUUCAGAGAUUGUGUUCAACCCUAAGGAAUGGAUUCAACUUACAAGAAAUAUCUAUAACUGGACUGAAGAAUAUGGAAGGUUUGACCCAUCUUCUUGGGAAUCUGUGGCCAAUGAAGAGAUGUGGCAAGCGAGGAUGAAAACACCGUUCUUCAUCUUUAACUUAGCAGAAACUGCCAGUGUGCCUUCAAAUGUGAAAGCUCAACUCUACACACAUGCAUAUAAUUUCUACUUCAGAAAGUGCUUGUCCCAUCAUUGCUUGUUCUGUGUUCUCACGGAGUCAGCUGGUAAACUCACGCUCCUGUGGAUCCGACCCCAAUUUGACAAUCCCCAAGGAGGCUGUGAAAUUCCCAAACAACUUUAUAAGGAGAUUGUCUAUUUGCAAAAGGAACACCCGGUAAACUGGCACAAGAACUAUGCCAUCGCCAGUGAGCGGAUGCUGCGCCUUCCAGAAAGGGGUGCAGACCCUGAAGUCCUGUUAUCUGAAACCAUCAGACAUUUCCAUCUGUACACUCAGAAAGCACAGGAUGAUCCUCAGCGGGCUGAUAUUUCAGUUGCUCUAAAGCACCUAAGAAAGGAACUGCAGAGUCUGAGAAAUAUGAAAAAUGUCUGAGGCAGGAAAAUGUGAAAAACCUGCCCAUUGUUCAGCUUCCAAAAUUUUAAAGGCCAGAAGUUUUCCUCCAAGAAAAGAAACUGUAUGAGAAAUUGAAGACUAAGCCAUCACCCAGAUAAAAGGAACAAGGUACAGCAGGACUGUUCAGUGGCAGAGAUGUGCCCUUUAUGAAACUUACGUUUAUCCCAUGGCACCACAUUAGUCGUUCAAUGAGAAUCUUUUGGAAAAUCUUCCUACGUCCAGUCUUUCAGUCUAAUGACUUUGCUUAACUAGAUUCUAGAAGAGAAUAGACUAUUUUCAUACAUUUAAAAUAUCAACCAUGAAUCCUUUAAGGGCCUAGAUUUUAAGGAUCUGUUUUGAUGGUUAAAUUCUUAAAACAUUAAUACAAGACCCAGACAUAAUUUUCUAUUUCCCAAAAGUGAAAUAAUAUUUUUUAAGAGUGAAUAUUGUUUUUCUUCACAUUAGAAUGCUUUUCUUUUUUUAGUAGCUGUGGUUCUUACAUAAUCUCACAUUUUAAGCUAACCACCAACUGGGUGAUAUUUUGAAAAAAGUUGGGGUUUUAUUGUCUUAGAUAAUCCUCUGAAAUCACUAAAAAAUGUAGCUAAUGUGUUGUUUGCUUUUUUUCAGUUGCAUAAACUGGGAAGUAAAAAGGAGUGUGUAUUUCCUUAAUUAAUUUUAUAUUUAUGUUUCACUUCUAUUGGGACUCAUAAAUCUGGGCCCAAUAAUUAGUAGGCUCCUGCUGCCAAAAUGCAAAAAAAAAGGCGGGGAUUGGAGGGAGGGGAAGGGGAAAGUGAUUCAAUAAAUUCAUUUCUGUUACAAGCAUCUUUUAUACAUAUUACUAAAGAGAACAUAGUAAGAAAUGCAAAUAAUAGUUCUUUAUUUUAUUAUGACAGUUAAUUAAUAGCAACCUGUUUUAAUGAAUAAAGUCACUCAGAGUCCUUCAGCACUUCCUAAGUAGAGGCCAGAAUCUGUAGGGAUUCUUUCCCCCCAAUUGUAUAGCUCCUAGACUCCAAGCACUAUAUAGGCCCCUGUAUAGAAAUGCUCACUAAUGAAGAGGGAGGGCUAGAAGCUUGUCUGCAUUCAAAGAUCACUGGUGAGUCAUUCAGCAAGAAAAGGCCCCUUACCAGGAAUAGUCACAGUUCCGUGGCAUUGUACUAGCAAAAGGGGCUGAUCAAAGGUCUCCUGUGGAGCUUGCAUGGUUCCCUUUCAUACUACGACCAUAAUUAAAACCACUAAUUCUCUUUUAAAAUGCUGCAGGAUGCCAUGUAGGCAUCUGUCUGGAGUGUCCUUUGUGAUGUCAUAAGCUGUUAAGGACCAGUGCCGAGGGCUUUUGAGUGAAAUGCCAGUCAUGAAGGUGCUUCAAGACAAGGGUGCCUCUAAAAGCUUGACAGGGCCUUGACUGCACAAUUCGAGCUGAAUUUGCCCCUUGUCAGCUGCCAGUAAAUAAAUCUCAAAGGGGGAAAAGCUGAAGUUUCAUUACCUGAUCCAUGGGGCUUUGUUGGUUUUGGCAUCACACGGGGGAAGCUCUCGCCCCGCCAUUCUCCGGAUUUGAAGAUGUCCAUUGGAGCCUGCAGUGCCUGGACGGGGUUCAGAGCGGAACCUUUUGAAGAGUGUCAAUAGUUGUAACAGUUCAGCUGUUAGGAAGACAAAUAAAUGGAGGAGCUCAUUAAUCCGCUUUUGGCUCUCAGUGCCUUUUGCCCUUUUAUCACAGCCUUAUUAGGCUCCUACUCAUCUUGAACCAGAAAAAAAUGAAUUGAAGUUGUUGAGUACUAAUUGGCAAAGACUUUUAAUCAUGGGCCAAGAACUUUCACUGACUUGAAAGUAACUUCUCCACAGGGAGGGACCAAAAACCUGGUUUACCUUAAAACAAAAACCUGUUGGAGUUCAGUGUGGUGUAAAAAUUUAAGGAAGCAUUGAUAAAUUGUCUAAGUUUAUCCAUUUGAAGGAAAUCAUGUGACAUUAUGAUUUCCACUUUUCUUUUUUAAAAAAUGUACAAUAAAAUUCAAAAAAACAUUCCCUGGAAAUACAUUACCUUAUUGGUUCAAAAAAAAGAGUGCAUGCAUAUGUGUGAUGGUCAUGUUUUUUUCUGAACAUCUCUGUGGAUGUAUUCAUUUGCGCAUCUACAUACACAAGUGGUGUUGGAGGAACCCUAUUGAAAUAAUAUCUGUGGCCUUAAGUAUGGCCAAUGAAGGCCUCUUUCUAAGAAUAUCUGCUUUUUAAAUUUGAGUCUACUAUGGCACUGCAUGUAUGUCUGAAUAUGCUUUGUUUAUGAACUCUAGUCAAAUGGUGCACAGAUUAUUCUGCGUUUGUGCAACAAGGGCUUCAGACCACUCUGUCUUUGAGAAAGAUGAUAUGAUGGUCCAAAGCAGAUAGGAUCAUAACUAUUUAAAUUCCUAAAAGACAUCAGUAAAUGAAAAAAAGCAAACUGAGCUGAGAUUUUGGUAUGUUGGACUUCAUUCCUAGAUCUACUUUGAAGAAUUCUAUUGUGUGAGGUUAAACACAUUGCUUUCUUUUUCUUUCUCUUACUUUUCCCUGGCUAGGGCACAAACACCAUAAAAUCUGACAGAAGGGGUUUCCUUUAGUCUAACCCCCCGAACACAGAAGAGAAUGUGAAGGAGGUGGCUUCUCAGGCAGGAUUUGGCCAGCAUUCUCCUAGCAGUGUCCCUGGAGUGCUGUGGGUUGGCAGGAUGACAGGAACCCCACAAGGCCAACUUCUGCCUGGACUUCAGCCUGAGGGGCAAGUGGGAGCCAGCGAAACUGUCCGCCUCUCCACAUGCUGCAGGGCCCUCCUACCCCGUGCCGAGGCUGGCACAUACCAAGGACAAGCGGAGAAGGGGACCGGGCUCCAUGUUCUCUAACAAACCUCCUUCGCCCUCUUACCCCUGAUAGGAGGUAUGCUUGGUUCUUGCUAUUGACUUUCCUCUUUUCUUUGUUUUUUCAAAAAAUGUUUUUGCCUUAGGACUCAAAAUGCAGCCAAAGUAGAUGGGGAUCAACUACUAGCAUACCAUUUUGAAAUUAAUUAAAAUUGUGAAAUGUGUUAUCUGUAUACUUCUUAUUUUCUGAGACAGACCAUGAUGGUUAGCCUUUCUAAUAUUUAAAGCCCAUUUUGAAUGUGAGGUGGUGUUAUGAGACCCUGCUAAUUUAUGUAAGUCAUUAGGCUAGGAUAUGAAGAGUAGUUUUUUAAUUUAAAUUUUAAGAGUCAAACUAUCAUAGUUGAACCUUAAUCAUAUUUCCCACCAAAAUCCCUCACAACUUAGUAACAUUUUUAAUAUUCAGAAAAAAUUUUAAUACCAACAGUUGAAAAAUGGAUCACGCUACAGCAAAUCCUUGUACUCUUUUAAUUCUGAUAUAUUUUAUAAAUGCACCAAGUAGGAUAUUAUUUAAUAUUCUGUUCUUCUAACUGGCUCCAAGUCCUAUUGUAAAGAAAAAAUGCCAAUCCAGUAAGAGAGUCAUACUGCCUUGUUCAUUCUCAUAUUUUGUUGUGGAUGCAAAACCAUUCUAAAGCUUAUACUCACAAACAAAUAAGUAAUGUUUCCAGGGAUUCUGGGACUUUCUAAAGGCCAAAAGCUUGGCGCAGCAUUACAGAGCAAACGGAGCUGAGCUUUAGCAGUGAUCAUAUUCAAUGAAGACGUCAUUGUCAGUACCCUCGAAAGGUCUGUUUGAUUUGGAUCAGCAUGAAUGGUAUAAAAAAAGCCUCAGCAAUAGCACAAUGUGCUUACCUGGAUAUAGGAAAGUAAACUCAUAGGAAUGUAUCUUGAGAAAGGGAUUUUUUUUGCAAAAAAAUCUGAUUGCUCUUCAGCAAUGUAACAUAUAUUUGGUAGAAAUUGUAGGUACUAGAAAAAUUAGCUUUUGUCAUAUUGCCAAAAAAAAUGGAGAAAGGUAGGAGAGGGAGAAACAGGAAGAGGUUUCAAAACUGUAAACAUGAAGCACACAAUUUUGACCUGAAAAUCAACUUAUUUGGAUCUUUUCCACAGACUAAAGUGUUAUUGGAGAGAGUUAAUUUUCAAUAAGAGAAAUUAAAAUGGUUGAGAGAGUUUCAAGGUACAGGUGCAAGAGGAAGGCAAACACUGGGCCAUGUUACUACCCUCAGAGCCCCCUGCACAGAGUGGCCAGGAGCCUCAAGUCUGUACAUAGUUGCCAUUAGAUGAGGGUAAUGUUAAAUGAAGGUAUAGUGAGAGAUAAAUAGAAAUAAGCCACAUCUAAGACUUAACCCUUUCAUAAUUCUGUUUAGAAUGUUUUAUUGAUGUGUAUAAGUAGUUUGGGGGUAAAAUGUACAGUAGAUGGAGUACAAUCUUUAUAAUUUCAUUAUAUAUUAUAGACUAACAAAUGGAGCUUAUGUCCUGUUUUUCAAAAUAUGCAAACAAACCAUAAUCAUCUUCUGUUUAAAAGUGUUACCUGUAAAGGGGUUAUUUUGUAAUGUAUCCUUUUAAAGAAAAUACUUUACAAUUUCUCUCAUCUAAAUGCAAUAUUCCCUAGAUGGCUGAACCACAGAAAUACCCUUCACACCUGUGGUAUUUACUCAUAUGCAAAAAUCUGUUUGAUUAAAGCCAAAAAGGGAGCACUCCUUGGAAUCAGAGCUGGUUCUCUCCCCUUAGCUGAUGGUGUGAUGGGGCCCCAGAUGAGUCACUUAUUGCCCUAUAUCUUGAGUAUCACCCAAAAAACAAGAAACCCCUGUAAUUCCCUGACACGCCAAGACUUGAACUCUAAAACUGCAACAGAGGCCCCACUGAGAAUCUGAGGACAGGGUAAAAGAUGCAGGACUAGAAUCUCAGAGUAUCUUCCCUCAAAACAGGUUUAAAAA